AUGGACAUCCAGGGGGUGCUUUUUGGAGCAAGCCUUGUCUUGCGCUGGCCCGUUCGAGCAGGAUCUGGCAGUGGGCGACACAUCAGCAGGGAAGCGCCACGACCGCAAGCGCCUUUGGCUCUUGAGGAGUCGUGA